UUUCAGCAACACAAAACUAUCAUGAUUUAACAACAAAUUAAAAGUGGUGCUCUCAUCGGUUUUCAACAUUUAAAAGACUAUACAAUGCCUCUAUACCACUAUGGGGAGACUCAUUUCAAGUUGGAGCACAUGUCGUUAAAUACAACUGCUUCCUCAUCUUUAAACUCACACAGUUAUGAUAUGGUUGAAGUGUUUGCUAUGAUUAUGUUGCCAUUAAUACUAAUUGGGAUAUUCGGAAACAUUAUAUCCAUCUAUGUGUACAGCAGACAUCAUAUGAACAAAAACACGAUUGGUUUCCUUCUUCUCAGUCUAUCAACAAUUGAUCUCAUUGUUCUUAUCACCGCAAUGCCAUCGUUUGGAACCUAUAAAUUUCCAUUUUUCCCCGGUUACCAUGAAAUUGGUUCCGUUCACACAAUUUUUAGUGCAUUCUGUUUAAUCUAUUUUUAUCCACUUAUGUGCAUGGGAAAAAUGAUGGGUCAAUACAUCAUUGUGCUAAUUUCUGUGGAAAGAUGGUUUGCAGUAUGUAGGCCCCUACAAGUACAAAUUUGGUGCACACAGAAGAAUACUAUACGGGCUAUGACCUGCAUAAUCGCAAUUUCAAUUUUGUUCAAUGCUCCUAGGUUCUUCGAGUUCAAGGCCAAUCUAAUCACAGGUGUCAUCGGUUUUGGUCUAGCACAUAUUUCAAAAAAUGAAUGGUAUUUCUACUUAUAUUAUGGAAUUCGUGCAAUAAUUUUUGACGCAUUGAUACCGUUUUCUAUCAUUGCUGUAACAAAUAUUCAAGUUAUCCAGCAGCUUCGAAAAUCAAACGAAGAAAGAAAAUUGAUGACAACGCAACAACAAAAAGAUAACAAAACUACUACAAUGCUUUUGGUUAUGAUAUUUAUGUAUGCGAUUUGUCAUUUUUUAUGUACAAGUGUCAAGUUUAUCAAUUUGUUCUCCCAUAAUUAUGUGCAAUUUCAGUUCGUUAUAUUUAAAAUCAUUCAUCACAUAUCGAAUGUACUUCUAGUCUUUUACUCUGCCUCAACAUUCUUCAUUUAUCUCAUAUUCUCUGAAAAAUAUCGAAAUGUUCUCUCUACAUGUGUUACUUGCAGAAAUACUGAUGAAUUAACAGUAUCAAGUCGAGGAAGACAGAAUACAAAAACUACCCGAUCAAAUUCUCAAAAUGGUUAUACAGCGAUCAAAAAUGAGAAGACAUAAUUUGUCUGAAUUAUAAAAUUUUUUUAUCGAGUAAAAAAUUUAAAAUUUGUC